AUGGCUCCUAAUCCACCCAAACCAGAAGAGUUGCCUGAAGAAUUUAGAGAUGUUGUAAUAGAGUACUCCAAGAAUAUAAUGGCACUGGGAACUGCAACUUUAGAGCUACUGUCAGAGGCUCUUGGUUUGGAUCCAUCAUACCUCAAGGAAUUAGAUUGUGUUGAAUAUUUCGGGAAAUCUAGCAACAUGGAGUGUCCCGGUAGAUUGGGUCAUUACUAUCCUCCAUGCCCUGAACCAAAAUUGACCAUGGGCACUUCUAAGCAUACUGACCGCAACUUCAUGACAUUACUCCUCCAAGACCAACUCGGGGGACUUCAAAUUCUUCAUGAGAAUCAGUGGCUUAAUGUUCCUCCUAUGCAUGGAGCUCUUGUCAACAUAGGUGAUCUUCUACAUCUUAUAACAAAUGACAACUUUGUGAAUGUUUUCCACCGUGUCUUGUCAAAUCAUAAAGCGCCAAGAAUUUCAAUUGCAUGUUUCUUUGUAAAUUCCAAGGACCCAUGCGAGGCCUCGUCAAAGAUAUACGGUCCUAUUAAAGAACUGUCAGAAGAGAAUUCACCAAUCUACCGGGACACAAGCAUAGCAGAAUUCACGGCACACCAUUACAAGAAGGGGCUCGAUGGAAAUUCUGUUUUGGAGCGUUUUAAGUUUUGAAAUAAUCAGAUUCGAUAGAAUCUGCAUUCUGGAUUUUUAUGGAGAUGGGAGUAAUAGUGUGUUAUCAUAAGUGUGCAUUUUAGACUUUGUAUGUUAAAGUUAUCUAUCAAUAAGGACAUGGAAUGUAAUAGUGUUAUCAUAGUUUGUUAUCAUAAGU